AUGCAGCUCCUCAAGACACUCCCUGCUUUCCUACUUGUCAGCAUGACCUGCACCGCGAGUGUGGAGACCUCCCUCGGUCAAAGCAGGAGGGAAUGCAUCGCAUCAACCACUAGUCUGGUUGACACGGCGUUUAAGAAUGCUGAAACAGAUGCUGUCAUCUGCUAUUCCGGCCCAAGUACUAUCACGGAAAAAGGCCAAUCCAUAACGAAUGUGGACCCGAAUCACUACCACUACUCGGGUAGAUACAAGUGCCCCGGCACCUUGAUUGACUGUUUCUGGAUGAAGGCUCCCAAUGCCUGGAAAGGUCACGCGGAUGGCGGUGACGACAACAUCCACGCUCUGCUGACGAACAGGUGCACGUACGAUCCAUCGGCUGUCAGCGUCACUUGUACUUAG